UUCCUGCUGCUCGUGGCGCUCGACCGCAUGGAGUACGUGCGCACGUUCCGCAAGCGCGAGGACCUGCGCGGCCGCCUCUUCUGGGUGGCGCUGGACCUGCUUGACCUGCUGGACAUGCAGGCCAACCUGUGGGAGCCGCCGCGCACCGGGCUGCCGCUCUGGGCCGAGGGCCUCACCUUCUUCUACUGCUACAUGCUGCUGCUGGUGCUGCCGUGCGUGGCGCUCAGCGAGGUCAGCAUGCAGGGCGAGCACAUCGCGCCGCAGAAGAUGAUGCUCUACCCCGUGCUCAGCCUCGCCACCGUCAACGUGGUGGCCGUGCUGGCGCGGGCCGCCAACAUGGCGCUCUUCCGCGACAGCCGCGUCUCGGCCAUCUUCGUGGGCAAGAACGUGGUGGCGCUGGCCACCAAGGCCUGCACGUUCCUCGAGUACCGCCGCCAGGUGCGCGACUUCCCGCCGCCGGCGCUCGCGCUGGAGCUGCAGCCG